CGGCCCACCGCCAGUCGUAGCUUUCCCCAAAAACAAGAAUCCUAGCCAACUAACAUGUCUGAGGUCGAGAAGAAGGAGGAGACGACGCCCAAGGUGGAGGCUGAGGAGGCUGAUGCCGCUAAGGACCCGGAGUCGGAGGAACCACAGGCCUACUUCGAGCCCGUUGUGAAGCUCGACGAGGUUGAGGUGACCACCGGCGAGGAAGAGGAGGAGGUCAUCUUCAAGCAGCGUGCUAAGGCGUUCUGCUACCGUGAGUCGCUCCUCGACAAGGGAACCGGCAAGAAGACAUGGUGCGAGCGUGGUGUGGGAGACGUGCGUUUCCUCAAGCACAAGGAGCAUCAGAAGGUGCGCAUGCUAAUGCGCCAGGAGAAGACGCACAAGAUUCUGGUGAACCACCUGGUGGAAUCGCGUACGGAGCUGACGCCUAACAUGGGCAGCGACCGCGCCUGGGUCUUUAGCUGCUACGAUUUCGCCGAGGGUGUCGUGGAGGCGCAGGUCUUCGCACUGCGUUUCGGCAACGCUGAGAACGCCCAGAAGUUUAAGGAGGCGCACGACGCCGCUAAGGCCAACAACAAGAAGCUUGAGGACGGCGCUGAUGCCGCCGACACGUCGGCCGGUGACGACGCUGCUAAGGCUCUCGAGUCGCUGGACGUCAAGAAGGAGGAAUAGACACGAGGCGAGGGACACGUUGUGGACAUUGAAUAGCUGAUAAGUAACGCAGCAGCACAGGGAUCAGGCACUGACAGGUGGCGAAUAGGGACUCAGAACAGGUCAGCGACGCGGACCACUGAUGGCUGGCUGCCUGCUGAGGUUUGGUCCAUCUUGGAAGUUUUUUUUCAUUUACUACAUUUUUUCAGACCAUAUACCUCGUCUUCUUCGCAUUUAGUGUUUAGAUUAAUGCAGUACUGUUCGAGGC